AUGCCUAUCCCUGUCCCCAAAGCCAACCACAUCCUUGACCUCCUUAGCCUCAAGGGCAAGGUCGUCGUUGUAACGGGAGCCUCCGGGGCUCGAGGCAUGGGCAUUGAAGCCGCCCGUGGCUGCGCCGAGCUGGGUGCCGACCUAGCUAUCACAUACUCCUCCCGCCGGGAGGGCGGCGAAAAGAACGCCCAGGAACUCGCAGCAGAUUACGGCGUCAAGGUCAAGCUGUACCAGUGCGACGUGGGCAACUGGGAGAGCGUGGAAGGCCUUGUGAAAGAGGUGAUCAAAGAUUUCGGCAAGAUCGACUCCUUCAUUGCGAAUGCCGGGCGUACAGCCGACAGCGGCAUCCUAGACGGAUCAGUGGAGGACUGGAACAAGGUCAUCAACACCGAUUUGAACGGCGCCUUCCACUGCGCCAAGGCUGUGGGCGCACACUUCAAGGAGCGCGGAACUGGCAGCUUGGUCCUUACUGCCUCCAUGUCGGGCCACAUUGUCAACUACCCCCAGGAACAGACCUCAUACAACGUUGCCAAGGCCGCCGAGAUUCACCUUGCCCGGUCGCUGGCCAAUGAAUGGCGCGACUUUGCCCGCGUCAACAGCAUCUCGCCUGGUUACAUCGACACCGGGUUGUCUGAUUUCGUUCCCCAGGAUAUUCAGAACCUUUGGCUCUCUAUGAUCCCCAUGGGUCGCAAUGGUGAUGCGAAGGAGCUGAAGGCGGCUUAUGCUUACCUGGCUAGCGAUGCCAGCAGCUACAUGACGGGCAACGAUUUGCGCAUUGACGGUGGAUACACUGUGCGGUAA